AUGCGAGCACCCCUAUACCCCCAAUUUCCGAAAAUAAUUCACAUUACGCGUAUUUUUGGGAAUUUCAAAAUUGUCAAUACCGGAUUAAAUAUUAACUCCAUCACUUUUAUGGAAGAAAUAGGGUACUCGUCAAACAAUAAUAGUAUAUCGUACCUCGAUCCUUUUUCAAAUUUUAAGAUUUGCGAGCCUGUUAAGAUUUUCGGAUUCGCUGUAGAAUUGGCGGAUCCAGAUCUUUUUGGGCGCUCGCGAGGAACUGAGUUGUUCGGGAGCUUCAAUCCAAAUGUGAUAGCUGAGCUUUUUUGGGAGCAAUCUCAACCAUGGGCUAAGUUCGCCGAGUCCCACAUCGACCUCGUUAGCUACAUUUGCGAGCAGUUUUAUGAUGUUCUCCUCAAGAAGAGGGGAGCUAAGGAUGUUGCUUCUCGAAUAUGGUCUUUCAAGGUCAGGGAGCGUCUUGAACAGCGCAAAGUGAAAGCCCGAGAGGAGUUGAGGAUGUUGAUCGAGGACUUGAAAGGCUUUCCUAUCAACUACAACCACUACUAUACGGACAACCUCCACAGGACCGGUGAAGAUAAGCUACGAACGCGGCUUAAUGCUAUGAAUCCUGCCCUACUUGAACAUCGCUCCAGCAUAAACUGCAGCCGAGGCGCACAUUACGACAAAUUCGAUUUAGAAUUAAUCAUUGGGACUUUAUCCAAAGCCACCAGGGAGUUUAAUGUCGAUAUGGAGAAAUUUAGCUGCGAGGAGGCCCUGGACUGUUUGCACGCGAUUUACAAGGUAAUCGAGCGCCACAUGUUUCGCGAUUUUAAACACGUUUUUUCCCUUUUAGUCGUGGCAAUUAUAAACGAUACCGAAAUUAAGUCCGUUGCCUUCGAGAGUUCUGUAAUAUAUCACCAGCGUAAAUUUUUGGUAAACCGCAUAUCAAAGUUUGAAGAGAGCCGUAUCAUUUUUCGAAAUGCGGUGGGAAUAUUGUAA